AGGCCCGCCUACUUAAAGUUCUUCCGUUUUCCGAACCCGUUUUACUUCCUUUCCGCCCGUACGAGCUCUACCGUGAACACGCGAUACCACGCUGUCUUAAAACAUGCGUUACGUAGCUGCAUACCUGCUCGCUGCCCUCGGAGGCAAAGAGAGCCCAGAUGCCGCCGACAUCAAGAAAAUCCUUGAGAGCGUUGGUAUUGAGGCCGAUGACACACGUCUGGAGAAGGUUGUCUCUGAACUCGGUGGCAAGGAUGUAGAGGUGGUGAUUGCUCAGGGCUACGGUAAACUGGCUAGCGUACCUUCUGGAGGUGCUGUGGCCGUGGCCGCCUCUGGUGGUGGAUCUGGCGGUGCUGCUGCCCCUGCUGCAGCUGCUGAGGAGAAGAAGGAAGAGAAGAAGGAGGAGUCUGAGGAAUCCGAUGACGACAUGGGAUUCGGACUCUUCGAUUAAACUUCUCUGGACUAAAAUAAAAUUUGUACAAACUC